ACGUCACUUAGGCGACAUUCCAAUAUGGCCGCGCCCGUGGGCUCACCAUGAGACUAGUGUAAUCCGGGACAAGGAUGUUGGGUGUCGCUGUCAGGGUGGUGAGGGCCGGCUGUAUCGGGGGACAGUUCGGGAGAAGAGCAGCCUGUGUCAUACUUGUAAGGAAGCAGGAGCCUCUGAGGAUAGCCACGUUUGCAGCUUGUCUGCAUGGAAAGGACUCUGCUAUGGGGAGUUUGCUGGGGAUGAGCCAGGAGCAGCCCGCAGAAGAAGGUCUCACUCCACAGCCACCAGCCGUUUCCUUUAAUAAAGCUGAUCAAGACGGUUUAUUAAGACAUACCCCAGAUCAACCAGAGAGCCCCAAAACCCUUAAAAUUGCUGUCAUAGGGGCCCCGAAUGCUGGAAAAUCAACAUUAUCCAAUCAGCUACUUGGCAGAAAGCUGUUUCCAGUGUCCAGUAAAGUGCACACUACUCGCUGCCAAGCACAGGGUGUCAUUACAGAAAGCGACACACAAGUGAUUCUCCUUGACACACCUGGUAUGGUCAAUGCCGUGAAAGCAAAAAGGCAUAACCUGGAGAAGUCCCUUCGGCACGACCCGUGGGAGUCGGUGAAGUUGGCCGACGUGGUACUGGUGUUGGUGGAUGUUUCCGUGAAGUGGAUGAGAAAGUCUUUGCACUUGGAGGUCCUCAAAUGUUUGUCCCAGAACCCAGCUGUCCCCAGCAUCCUUGUACUGAACAAGGUUGACCUGUUAAAGGAUAAAGGCAGUUUGUUGGAGAUCACAGAAACACUGACUGAAGGAAUGGUGAAAGGGAAGAAAGCUGAAGUUCAGUCUGCGAUAAAAAGUUCUCAUAAAACAACAAAAACGGAAGAUGCCAGAUUUGUAAAGAAAGAUGAAGUUGUCCAGAACAGCACUGAGCAGUCACAGGGAUCUUUAUUACCAGAUCCAUCCUCGGACGUCCCUGCAGAUCUUACCAAGAGGGAAUUGACCCGAAAAGACUCAGAGAAGGUUGGGUGGGCCCAUUUUCAAGAGGUUUUCAUGCUUUCAGCCAUAAAUGGAGAUGAAGUAGAGACGCUAAAGAUGUACCUGAUGUCUCUUGCCAAGCCUGGAGAAUGGGCAUUUCAUAGUGAUGUUGUUACCACCCAGUCACCCCAGGAAAUCUGUGAUAACAUUAUUAGAGAGAAGCUACUGGAGUACUUGCCCCUAGAGAUACCAUACAGUAUAACUCAGGUCACAAAUUUAUGGGAAGAAGGCUCCGGUGGGGAAUUGGUUAUUAUGCAAACUUUGCAGGUGGCAAAAGAAAGCCAUGUGAAACGAGUUAUUGGUACUGGUGGGCAGGUCAUCAGCAAGAUUGCCAGAGAAGCUGGACAAGACCUAAUGAACGCUUUCCUCUGUGAUGUCCGUCUCCGUCUUUCUGUAAAGUUUAAAAAGUGAUGUCAAUGAAUUUGUUUGUUUUUCUUGUCAACAAAGCUCCAAACAGAUUUAUACAUAAAGCCGGAAAUCAGGCCUGCCUGCCAAAGGUUGUAACACAGUUUGGGAUAAACUGAGAGCGCUCGAGUCGCUGGAAGACUCCUGUGAUACAAAGAGGCCAAUUCACUAAACAAAAUCUGUUAUUUUGUCAUCCAAAAAUUCAGUUUACUAUAAUGUAUAGCUGAACAAUCUUUGUUUUUGCAUACAAUGGAACUUAAAUCACUGCAAGCUUUUAUAUUUCAUGAAUCAAUUUUUUGGAAAUAAAUUUUAUUUUUGUAGUGAC